AUGGAAAAAUUUUGCUCUGAAAUAGUUCGUCGAGGAGUUCACCAAGUUGUAGCAGCAGCAGGCUAUGAUAAAAGUUCAAGGAUUAGCUGUGACAUUUUAACAGAUGUUUAUAAAGAAUACUUGAUGGCUUUGGGCAGAUCAGCACAAGAAAAUGCAAAUAAUGUUGGUAGAAGUGUAGUAAAUGUAAAUGAUAUUUUACAAGCUUUUAAUGAAUAUAAAGUAAAUGUGAAUGAGUUAAAAGAGUGGACAGAGAAUGAUGGGAGGGCUCUUAAUGGUUAUUCUGGAGUUAUUCCUAAUGUUUUAAAAG